AUGUCUCUUCUGGAAAAGGACCCGCACCGGAAGUACCCGCAGCUGACCCCAGUGGGACGGGAAGAGCCUGUCAAGUUGAGGCAGCUGCCGUUCGAGAAGGGUAGUGUGUUGACGAUUCUCAAAAAGGUCAGCGAUGACUGGUAUUUUGGCUCGAAUGCGUCGGGUGAGAAGGGGCUGAUUCCCGUCAAAUUCGUCAGUCUCUCUCAUAAAUCGCAACUGGCGCUGCAAAAAAUCAAGUCUGUAAGCAGUCUUAGUAGACUAUCUUCCAUGCCGUCGGGCACGUUAUCUCCUGAUCCUGCAAGCCUUUCGAGGUUACAGAGCCAAAAUUCAAUACCAAAAUUGGCUCCCGCACCACCCAUACAAAACGCGACUGUGAACAUCGACGAGUUUGCCAUGAAGGCGCGAGAGGCUUCUGGUGCAUCGUAUACGGAAUGCGUGGCAGCAGUCAAGAGUGUGUUGGACACUCUGGAGUCCAAACUUCCCCCAGACAUGAAAGGCCGUAUACACAUCGGAGAUACACUGAAUUUUGCACCAAGCAGUAGAAGGAAGUCUUCCGUGAACGUUGAUAUGGAUGAAUUCAAAUCCUUGCUGAAAGAGCUCUACAACCACAUGAGGGACGCUCAGAAUGUCAACUGGUCAACAGCAGAUGAUUCUGACUGGCUAACCGGCAAAUUAGAAGAGAUGCAAGAACUUUUAAGCGAUGCAGACACCAAAAUCUGUCGUCGAGCUAUCAGUUUUCAAAAUUACGAGUAUACCGAUACACUCCUCACAUACUAUCAAAUGGAUCCUAGAGAGUCGGUGCGAAAAACUCUCCUAAUCACGUACGGGGCAAUGGGCAGUGUCGAUCGACAAGUUUUUUCUCAUGGGCUUGUGAUGAGUCUGCCCACCGAGCUCGCUCGUUCCAUCGAUUACGACUGUGUACCGUCUGAAUUUCUCUUCUACCAGCUGGUGUUCUGUACCAUGCUGUUCUCGACUGGAGAAGCUUUGCCAAGACAGUGUUACGAUCAUUGGACCGUCGAACUGUUGCUGAAACUGCUUGAGUUGGUGGAAGAUGUAAACGACUCGGCGCUCAGUUCACAUGUCUCCGAGGCAGCCUUCAAUGUACUUCUUGCUUUUAAUUUGCACCAAAGUGCCGGUGACACGAUUAAAGCAGACGGUGUCCAUUCUAACCAAAUAGUUAUGGAUGCUGUGAACAGAACAGAUGGAUGCCAAUUGUUCAGUGAGAGAUUGCUACUUUUGGUCAAUCGUAACGAGGAUCCCGUAGUGCUACCCAUCACGCCCGGAGAUAAUCACACAGAUGUACCGAAUUCAUUGCUGCACAUGCUAAGGUGCCUUUUCGGAUGUCGAGCCACUGCGUCUAUAUUCUUCACGAACGAUUUGCGGGUGCUUGUAGAUAUAAUCUUGCGAGAGAUGGAGAAUUCGGGACCAGACAGUUCGUCUCUGCAACUCUGGCUGGAUAUCCUGUUACGCAUAGCUCUGAACACAGACACGGGCACAGAAUACAGGAUUGCGGAUUUGCGCAUCUGUUUAUCCGACUUACUGGGACACACGCUCCCAGAGAAAAUGAAAGCUACAGCCACGACAAUACUUGAAGUUUUGCCCGUCGAGUAG